GAUCUCCACCUUUGCAGUCCACCUGGCAGAAACAAGAAAUUGUUGGGACAUCAUCGUUAGAGGCCUGCUGUAAUAGAAGACUUAAAUCAGAUCCCGGGUCAACAAGGAACCCAAAAUGUUGAGGCUUCAGUUGAAAAUUAUAUGUUAUAUGAAGAACUGGGAAAAUCUCAGUUUGAAUGAGAAAAGACAACUGACAGCAACACAGAGAUGUCGCAGAUGUUAGAAUGAUUUGACAGGGAUUUUAAGGCAGCCAAAAUGAAUAUGUGUCAGCGAGCAGUUAGUGACGUUUGAAACAAAUGAAAAAACAAAAUCUCAGGAAGAAAACACGGGAUAUAAAGAAACAAAUGGAAAUUUAGAACUGAAAAGUAUAAUUGAAAUGAAAAACCCAGUGGAUGGCUGACCAGCAGAAUGGAGAGGGUAGAGGAAAGACUGAAUGGAAAUUACCCACCUUGAACAACAGAGAGAAACUAGCCUGGAAGAAAGUGAACGUAGUAUCAGGGACCUGUGGAACUUUGACAAAAGACCUAUUGUUCUUGUUAUAAUCCCAGAAAGAGGAGAAAGACAGUGGGGCUGAAGGUGCAUUUGGAGAAAUACUGGCUGAAUAUUUCCUAAAUCUGGCAAGCCAUAAACCUAUAGAAUCAAGAAGCUUAAUGAAACCCAGACAAGAUAAACUCAAAGAAAUUCAUGCUAAGACACAUCGUAGUCAAAACUUCUGAGAACUGAAGACAAAAAAGCAGUGAGAAAGAAAUGUCACUUUACCAUUAGUGGAAAAACAGUUUGACAAGUGGAUUUUUCAUCAGUGACCAUAGAGGCCAUAAGGAAGUGGCAUAUUUUUCAAGUGCUGAAGGAAAAGAACUGUCAACUCAAUUCUGUAGCAAGUGAAAACCUCCUUCAUGUGAUCAGUCACAAGCAGACCUAUCCUAAGAUAAUAGGUAGAGGAAUUUCUUUCAACAGAACGGAAAUGACAAAGCAAUGUGGGAACACCAGGAAGGAAGUACAAACAACGGAAAGAGGAAACAUACUGCUUAUUCCAGGAGCGACUGGGACAUCACCUUCUAGAAGUAAUGCCCACAGAAAGCGGGAGUUGCUCCACUGCUCGCCAAGCAAAACAGAAACGCAAAUCUCACAGCCUUUCUAUACGAAGAACUAACAGCUCGGAGCAAGAGAGGACGGGUCUGCCAAGAGAAAUGUUAGAAGGACAGGAUUCUAAGCUGCCUUCCUCGGUUCGCAGUACACUUCUGGAACUGUUUGGUCAAAUAGAAAGAGAGUUUGAAAACCUUUAUAUUGAAAACUUAGAAUUGCGUAGGGAAAUCGAGACUCUUAAUGAACGUUUAGCUGCUGAAGGACAAGCGAUCGAUGGGGCGGAACUGAGUAAAGGCCAGCUCAAAACGAAAGCCAGCCAUAGCACCAGCCAGCUUUCACAGAAGCUGAAGACCACUUACAAGGCCUCCACCAGCAAGAUCGUCUCCAGCUUCAAGACCACCACGUCGAGGGCCGUGUGCCAGCUCGUGAAGGAGUACAUUGGCCACAGGGAUGGUAUCUGGGACGUCAGUGUGGCGAGGACACAGCCCGUGGUGCUGGGCACCGCGUCUGCUGAUCACACGGCUCUGCUGUGGAGUAUAGAGACGGGGAGGUGCCUCGUCAAGUACUCGGGCCACGUGGGGUCAGUAAAUUCUAUAAAGUUUCAUCCAUCUGAGCAGUUGGCUCUUACUGCUUCUGGAGAUCAGACUGCCCACAUUUGGAGUUAUGCCGUUCAGCUGCCGACACCCCAGCCCAUUGCCGACACUACUCAGCAGAUCUGUGGCGAAGACGAAGUAGAGUGUUCUGAUAAAGAUGAGCCUGAUGUGGACGCAGACGUGUCCAGUGACUGUCCUACCAUCCGGGUGCCACUGACAUCUCUUAAGAGCCACCAGGGAGUGGUCAUAGCUGCUGACUGGCUGGUUGGGGGGAAGCAGGCGGUGACGGCCUCCUGGGACAGAACGGCAAAUCUGUUCGACGUGGAGACGGCAGAACUUGUGCACUCUCUGACAGGGCAUGACCAGGAGCUAACGCACUGUUGCACACACCCCACCCAGCGGCUUGUGGUGACCUCCUCCCGGGACACGACUUUCCGUCUUUGGGAUUUCAGGGACCCUUCCAUCCACUCCGUGAAUGUCUUCCAGGGCCAUACGGACACCGUGACCUCUGCUGUGUUCACCGUGGGAGAUAAUGUUGUUUCGGGCAGUGAUGACCGCACCGUGAAGGUCUGGGACUUAAGGAACAUGAGAUCUCCCAUUGCGACGAUCCGCACAGACUCCGCCAUCAACAGGAUCAAUGUAUGCGUUGGCCAAAAAAUUAUUGCCCUCCCGCAUGACAACCGACAAGUGAGAUUGUUCGACAUGUCCGGUGUGAGGCUAGCACGACUCCCCCGGAGCAGCCGGCAGGGCCACAGAAGAAUGGUGUGCUGCUCGGCGUGGAGUGAGGACCACCCCAUGUGCAAUCUGUUCACCUGCGGGUUUGACAGGCAAGCCAUUGGCUGGAACAUCAACAUCCCUGCAUUGUUACAAGAGAAAUAAGGUCGCCGGCGUCCUUAGCUGCGUAGUUCACCAUGGACCUAUGGACUGGUGUCGCUUUUCUCCUGUUCUUCAAGCCCUUUUUGUGAGAGUUGCACCCUGGAAAGGGUGGUUUGUAUGUUCUUUUCCCAUUGUGCCGAGCUUGCAUGAAAUGUACAGCAAAAUGUAUGGUCACAUGUCUUAUUUUCAUCUUGUGUGUGUGUGUGUUGGCACCCUCUGGUCAGUGGACAUGAAGCCCCCUUCCCCGUAGCGCGUUGUGUGUUGUGAGUUCCUGGCGUUCGACAGAUGACAGGAGGGCAUUACAUUUGCGGAGUUCAGUGUGAACCCGUGUACUUACUGUGAGGCGUAAGCAGUCUGUGGCAUUUCUGGAAUCGUCUUACACAUCUACCUUGUCCCGGGAAGGUCAUGGAGCUGUAUAAGUAUUGGCUGGCGAUUGGCAGGCGUGAUGAGAGAUUUCAUGUUUACUUCCGUCUGAGGGUUUAGCAUGUGCUGUGGUGUAAUUCAGCUUCAACUCCAUAUUCUGGUAUAGUUGUGUAAAAUUUACCUGGAAUCGGGAAGUUAAUAACAGAAUGCCAACUUUGCAACAUUUGGAAAGUUUUUUUUUUUUUUGAAAAGGAAAAGUUUCUGCUCUUUUUAUAGAAAAUCAUGUCAAUCUCCUGAGGUCUCAUAUUAGCAAAUUCAAAAAUACAAUUCCAAUCACUGAUUUCAGAUACUAAGCAAAAUUUAAAGCACUUUAGUUUAUAGCUAUGGUUAUAAACAGUUUUUAAGAAAUUUCAAAUAACUUAUCCAGUGAAUGUGACUUGAGCUUGUAAAGAAGGCCCUGCCUGCUACCUGAAAACAAAACCUUAUUUAUUUUCUACACUUUGGUUUGUGUAUUUCUAAAUGGGUUCACUUCCUUGGUGGUGUUUGAGAGCCAACAAUGCAAAUAAAUGAGUACUACCUCAAAAAUCAAUGUAUUUGGAAAACGUGGGAGUCUCACUGUUGCCUAGCUAGAGCACUUUUGACUGCCGAAUUCAGUUCAGAAGGCAAGAAAGACAAUCAUAGCAAAUGUAUCCUGAGGACGAGAGCUCUCACAUUAGCUGAUAAGGUGGUAGCGGAAACCAUUCUUCGCAGGGUACAGGAUGCUCCUGUUUCGGCAGCUGGGACACCUCUCAGCGCCAGUCCUCCCAUUGCCUGGGCGAGCCUGUCACUCUUGCCUUCUUAGGGGUUACUGUUGUCUGGUGUUUGUGAGUUCAUGUUUCUUGCUCAAUUACAGUUUUGAUAAAGAGCCAUCUCCGUGUACUGCCCUCCUCAUUUUAAUAUUUUGAAUGUGUCUGCUUGGAGAGGCCCAGAGGGGAACAGUGGCAGUGAUCAUGGGUGCCCCCCACCUCCAGUGGUGACCGCUGGUGGAGUGCCGUUUGGCAGGGUGUGGUGUGAGCAGAGUGUGUGGGCUGUCCUCAGUCCUAUGUGAAUGCACCUCUCUUGAGGCUCCUUUUGCUCAGGUCCUGUGUGCGGUAGCUCAUCUUAGUAGCUUCAGCCCUGAAUUAUCUGGAAUGAUUCUGAAAUGACUUACAGUCUGGAAGGGAAGAAGGGCCAGGAAAAACCCAUCAUGAUGUAGUUAGAGUUGAGGUUGCCGGCUAAAGACUAGAGGACAAACAACAAAUGCUUCAGAGCAGCUCUCUUUCCAAAGCCUGGCAUCUCCCCGCACCACACCUGAGAACGUGGGCCAGAACGUCAGUGUCCAGCCCCUGCCGACCCGAGUGCACCAUGCCCCCCGGCAGUAGAGCGCCGGUGACUUCGGAUGCUGAGCUGUGCGUCCACACUCUUGGGCUCCUGUUGUAUUUUAAUUUGAAUGUCUGAGUGUCUUAGAAUCAUUGUUAGGAACAUUGAAAAAUGUAUACAGACACAGCAAAAUCAAACUUAAGAACCAGAUUUCUGCCAGAUUAAAAAAAUUUGAAGCUUUUAACUCCAACAUUUCUGAUGCUAUUCAGUUCUCUGCAGACUAGUGCCCUCCGUGUCCAGCAGCUGCUGACCUUCUCGCUAGCAGGAGGGGCCAGCCUCCUCCCUCCUCACUUCUCCACGGGGGCACGGGCCUCAUGGUGUUUGCGUGCGGUCCCAGGAGCAGGACACCCUACUGCUAACCACCGCGUUGUCCUCGGACAUGGUUCCGUUCAGCUGCCGCUGUGGCCUUGAUGGUGUUUUCAGGAGUCAUGGAGAUUUGGGAUAGGGAGUGCACGUGUGUGUGUGGAUGUGUGUGCGUGUGUGUGAAUGUGUGUGAGUCUGUGUGCAUGGAUGUACCUGUGUGGCUGAAAUUAAGCCAUGUGAUCAGCCACACGUGAUCUCAUCUGAAAUAGUGUUUGGAAAUGAGAGUGGUUUUGUCCUGUGUGCUCACAUGUCCAGAAUUUCAUUUUUAAUGGAAGGAAAAUGUGUGGUUACUGGAAAAUGUGUAUUGAUAGAGAAUUUCGUAAGAACUAUGUUGUUGGACAAAACAGCACUCUUUCUCAAACCACUGCACAUCAGUUUCUGGAGAGACAAAAAUUCUGUACAUAUUUUGGAAUUUGAAGAAUCCUAUGUAAAUCAUUUGUUGCUUAAAUCUGUGAAAAACAAGUUUCUUUGGGGGGAAGUAUGCAUUUAUAAGUGUUGUGUAGAAGCAAGUGUUUUUAAUGUAUUGAUGUAAUUGUUUUUAAGUGUUGACUGUCUUCAUUGCAAUAUGAAAUUCAUUAAAAAUCCACGUUCCUUAA